AUGACUGGUUUGGGCCUUACUGGACUGCUCGGCCACCACCAAGUGGAGAGCUGCAAGAUCACCUCUUUCUUCUGUUUCCUACACUCUCAGGAACAGACGUGUGGGGCACACAAGAAGACUAAGAUGAUCUUCUGUGAAGCCAGUAAAAACCUGCUCUGUGUGCUUAUCUCUAACUUUCAGGAGCAUGAGGGUCACAGCCAUUAUUCCAUAGGAUAUGCUACUGAGGAUUACCAGGGAGAAUCACUUAGAGCAAACAAGAAGAGUAAUCAUUACAAACUCCUGAACACCUCACCAAUGAUUUUUCUGCAUAUAGAGAAACAUCUGAUGCACAUUGGUGUCUCUGUUGACUUUGACAAUAAAAGUGUGAGUUUUAUUAAUGUUUACAAAAGUUCCAUCAUAUGCCUACACCAAUGGAUACAGUAG